GGCAUUUUGGAAGUAGUGCCAUUUCUGAAGCUCUUGCGACUGUUCCUUUGUGUUUUUCGCCGGCAGAAAUGUCUAUCGAUUUUAACUUAGAUGGGUCUAUGGGCCACAGAAUCAAGAGUUUCAAAAACAAAGGGCGAGAUACGGAGGAGAUGAGGAGGAGGAGAAAUGAGGUGACAGUUGAGCUACGGAAAAAUAAGCGAGAUGAGACGCUGUUGAAGAGGCGGAAUGUCCCCACUGUGGAUGGGGAAUCGGAUGAAGAACCUGUUAACCAAAUCUCCUACCACGAGCUUGUGCAAAAAGCAGCCAGUAACCAACCAGCCAUACAACUCCCUGCUGUGCAGUCGGCACGAAAACUCCUGUCUAGUGAUCGCAAUCCACCAAUAGAUGACCUCAUUGCGUCAGGCAUUCUUCCUGUCUUGGUCGAGUGCCUGGACAGCCAAAGUUCUGCAUUACAGUUUGAGGCAGCAUGGGCAUUAACAAACAUUGCCUCAGGCACGUCAAAGCAAACAAUGGCGGUAGUGAAUGCUCAUGCAGUACCCAAAUUUGUGAACUUAUUAAACUCGGAUCAUGGCAAUGUCUGCGAGCAAGCUGUCUGGGCACUAGGAAAUAUUAUUGGUGAUGGUCCAAAGUGUCGGGAUAUCUGCAUUGAUGCGGGUGUGGUCAGACCCCUGCUGAGCUUCAUCCGUCCUAACAUACCCCUCUCCUUCCUUCGCAAUGUCACCUGGGUCAUAGUCAACCUGUGUCGGAACAAGGAUCCUCCACCACGUGAAGAGACCAUUCGGGAACUACUGCCGGCUUUAAGUGCACUCAUUCAUCACACAGACACAAAUAUCCUGGUCGACACAGUAUGGGCAUUGUCAUACCUGACAGAUGGAGGUAACGAUCAGAUUCAAAUGGUCAUCAUAUCAGGUGUGGUUCCAUUUCUUGUACCACUACUCAGUCACAAAGAAGACAAAGUCCAGACAGCAGCAUUAAGGGCAGUUGGUAAUAUUGUCACGGGAACAGAUGAACAGACGCAGGUAGUACUGAGUUGCAAUGCAUUGUCACACUUCCCAAAGCUGUUGUCACAUCCAAAGGAAAAAAUGAACAAGGAAGCUGUAUGGUUCCUCUCAAACAUUACAGCAGGCAACCAGCAGCAAGUACAAGCAGUCAUCAAUGCAGGACUCCUACCAGAAAUAAUCAGGCAUUUAGAUAGGUCAGACUUCCAGACGCAGAAAGAGGCAGCUUGGGCCAUCAGCAACCUGACGAUCAGUGGCAGCAAACAGCAAGUCAUGACCCUCUAUGAAAAUAAUGUCAUCCCACCACUCUGCAAUUUACUGACGGUCAAGGAUUGCCAGGUGGUUCAAGUGUGUCUGGAUGCCAUCUUGAACAUCCUCAAGACUUCCGGGGAGAACUACCAAGAGAUUGCUACCUUGAUUGAAAUGUGUGGAGGUGUUGACAAGAUUGAAAAUCUACAAAACAGUGAAAAUAACGAAGUCUACAAACUUGCAUAUGAAAUUAUCGAGCACUACUUCUCAGACAUUGAUGAGGAGGACCCAGCCUUGGCUCCACAGGUUGUCCAACAAGCUUACGAGUUUGAAGCCAACACUAACAUCCCCAGCGAUGGGUUCAAGUUUUAACGUUGGCAAACUAUCAGAUACACUCCUAUAUGUAUCUCCAACUUUGCAGGAUACUGAAACGACUGACCUCUUAUCCAGUCAUACUGAUCCAUGGGUAGACUGUCCUCUAUCCUAGGGGUCAAGAGCCACCGCGCAGCAUUGAAAGGUCAGAAACUACUAGAGAUCAGAUCGUGUCAUAACAGGCCAGUUUCUCUGAUUUGCAUAGCAGAAUGGUUUAUGUUUACAACAGUAAAAGCUUUCUGCAAAACUGAAUUGAUUGCCAUCGAUGAGUAGUCGAACCUCGUUAAUAGGAGGUUCGUUAGACGUGGCAAAUUAUCUUGUUAUAACAGGAACUUUGUAUAAUCAGGAAUGAAAACAAUAAGGAACAAAGGGUUGGGACUUAAAAAUUUCCUUGUUAUAAGCAGAAUCUUGUAUUAACAGUGCUCUUAUUAACGAAGUUUGACUGUAUUAAACUUUCAUAUGAAAUUUUGGCUGGUGGCUCUUACCGAAAGCAAAAAACCCUUGUUUUUUCUGUGCAGAUCUUGCUAUAGUCCACACUUGCAUCAUUGAUUGACGGAGAGAUUGAAUACACUUUUGAGUCAAAUAGUUUGUCAGUUUUUAGAUUUCAAGCAUGCUGUGUUGCAUAAACAGUUUAAGGCAUGAUAAACAAUUUGACAUUUCUGAUUUCAGCAUUUUGCAUAUUUGGGCUCGAGAGUAAAUUGUACAAAGUCUUUUUCAUCUAUGCAUUAAAUCUAUUUCUAACCUCAAGUAAAGCUGCUGCUAAAGUUAAACGAAAAGUAGGUUAUCAAAAACUACCAAUUUCAACAAAGGGCUCUGCUUUAUUAGCGAUACGUAUCAUAUCACACGGCUCAUUCUGACCCCAGUCAUGUCAGGACUGGCCUGGCUGAUUUUUGCAGCUAGGGUAGCCAAUUUGUUGAUUAUAUUGCUUAGGAAAUCUGGCUGUAUGGACAUAGUACUGACGGAAGGGCUAACAAUGAUGCUGUUUCUUAGACAGUUAUCAUAUGUUAGUAACAGCUGUAAUGCUGAGGAGAGAUGUACUUUAACAAAUUGCAAAGAUGACAUGACAUGGAGGGCAUGACUUGAAGUAAACCUAGCAAGCCAUAAACAGUUUAUUUACAUUUAACAUGUUCAGCUGCCAUGUUCAUCAUGUCAGCAGAAAAAGUGUGUUCAAAUUAUGGAUGGAGUUGGCUGAGUAAAUUACAAAUGUGAAAAAUUACUGAGACACCAGUCUGUAGAUGAGGGUCAGAAAUGUACAUAUAUAUCUACAUUUGUAAUAGUUGUUUUGGCAAGGAAAACUGUGCAUACAGGUGUACAUGUAGCCAUUGCCAGGCAAUAAACACAGCAGAAGUUAACGUGUCCGGAGUGUCACACUUGUUCUGUAAAAAGCUGGGAAGGAGACACCAACCAUCAAUUUCAAGACACCAAUUUUAAAAGUCCAACUUGUAAAACUAGAGUAUUCUCUCUGGAUAGAGCCUCAGUGUAAAAAAGAAGGCAGAUGGGAGUGGUAAGUGAUGUAACUGGUGAAGAAGUUUUAUGGCAGGUAACUUAAAAACAUCUGUUAUUUAUGACAAACUGUCUGGAAAGUACCGUCAAAUUCCAGUGAACAUCUACUGUUUAGCAGGUGUAAAAAUUGAGUUCACUGUUUACCUGCCAUGAAAGUUCUGGUUGAUUUGAAGGUAAAUUGUACAGGUGAAGAAAGAAGGAAAACUAUUUUCUUGUAAUUUUAUUGUGAAGAAAAGACUAAUUUAUUAGUACAUGUAAGCAUGUACAAACACAAAGCUCUGAGUUGUCCAACUGGUAACUGUGAUUGGAGUAAAUUUCAGACAUGACUGGGGAAAACCUUGUUGAUUUGCUCAGUUUAAAGCAACGAAUAAGAAUUUUCAGUGAUUCACAAGGAAAAGUUAUUUAAUCUACAAAUACUUAAUACUGGUCUGAUGUUUGAAAGGCUCUUGUUGUAAAUUCAAGUUUUACAAACAGAAGUUAACUGAGCAUGAGCAAAGUAUGGUUUUGGGCUGAAAUGAUGUCAGUUUAAUGAAAAAUUCAAACCGUUUAACUCGGGAAAAAUGUGCUGGGUGACAUGCAAAGUGAAAAGCCUUAUUUUUUUAGAAAAUGCAUUUGCUUUACUCUUCAGUUAGAAUGAGCUACCGAUAGCCCCUCAUUAAGUGGGUAAUCAGUAGGCUGCACAGUAAGACAAACAACCAGGCACAAUUGAGCAAAUGUCUCAAAGCUUCUGAAAUGACUUGGGACUUGGAUAGUGCCCUCUGACUGCAGAAGGAAAUGUGCAUGCAUGUAGCUUAGAGUAUCAAGAUAUACUGUACAUGUGUGUGUUCAUCCUUCAGUAUCUCUGUGUUGGACCCAGUGUCGCAGAACAUGAGAUCUAAGAUGUCAGUUUGAAAUCUUCAUCUCACUUGUCACCCAAUGCCUUUUUAAUUCUUGCUGCAUUUUUCUCUUGACUGCUGUUGCAAGAGACAAGCCUUGCAGUUAAAAAUGUGUGAGAUGUUUUUGCAAUCUAGGUGUUGAUAAAUGAAGCACACUUUUUGGGAACAAAACCCUUCCUUUUGUUUUGCUGCUGUGAAUUGAAUAGGAUGUAUAGUCGAAGGCUUUGGAAUUGCCUUUUAAGUUCUGAAAAAGCAUUCUGCUCAAAAAGUAUUCCCAUACGUAUUUUUAUCAUUAACAAAUAAAGGAACCCGGAAUAAGUGUAAAAGUCCUUUUGUUCAGUUCACUCGGCAUGUACAAUGAACUGUGGGUUAUCAUUAACCCUAACCCUCCUCAAUCCUCCGACAGGUGAAGGAUUCAGGAGGGUUAGGGUUAAGACAUGACUUUAAAUGCUAACUGUUGACACAACUUAAUUAAUCAAAGUUUUAGGCUGCCUUGGAAACUCUGGCUUUAGCUUAAAGUCAUGUUUGUGACCGUUGGUUUUGUAUCAUGUUUUGUGGCCUAGUGAAGUAUGUUAUCCCUAUAGCUUUUAGGCUGGUUUGUACUUCAGACAAAUGCUAAAAUAAAGGGAAUGUGACUGGAUGAAACUUCACUGGGAAAAUUGCAUAAGGUCAAAUAUGUUCGACUGUUUCAAAUUAGCAGUGUUCAUAUUUGUCAAAACAAAAUUAUGUUCUUGUUUGCAUUGGUUCAAGUAUGAAUCAACCUUUAUUCUGUAGCAUUUUGUUGGGAAAUACUGUGAUGAAUGUAUAAACCCAGUGUAUAAUGCAUUUAUUGGAGGGAGGUGUGAUAUGUAAACACAUAAUUCCUUGCAUUCAAUCACAAGCAGUUAACUACAAGGUAACAUUAGCUUGAUUGUCCAUAAAUUCAUUCAGUCAGCAAGCCUGCAUAGCAAAACAGUCCUAAGAAUGUUCAAGUUGACCCCAUUUGACCAAAAGGGAAACGAAUAAAGCUUUGCAUAAUUUUUGUGUCAAUAAAAACUGACGCAAUAUAAUGAAAAAAGGAGGUGAACGGAUCACUAAACAAAAAUUCAGGUAUUGAUAUUAACAGUCACUGGUAUCUCUGGAAUGUACCUCCAGAUCUUUAAUGUGCCCUACCUCAUAAAAAUUGAAAUAGCUUAAACUAAUUGCUUGGAAUUGUGAUGAUGCAUUCCCCCGUAAAAUGCUCUCUGUUUGUUGUUAGCCAGUGGGAAAUCAAGUCAAUUCUGGCAAAGAACAGAGGCCUCAAAUAGUUCUAUUGUCAGUAUGAUCAAUUAUUCAAAGUACCAUUGUGGAUUGUUUAGGGCAGUGCAACUGCUUAUUAUAAAUUCAGUGGGAUAGCAUGUUUUAUCCAGUUGUCAUGAAGCACUGGUCUUUGUUGUAAUUUGUGUUUUUUCCCAGCACAACUUAUGGGCACAUGUAUGUGGUACGUCUGUCUCUGAUGUAGCUUUUUUUUUUCUUUCCAUGAUAAUCGUUCCUUUAGGGAAAGCUCCAGUGAGAGAUACCCCUGUUGCAUUUGUUGUGGUUGAUUUGUUUUCAACAGGCAUUACCAAACUAACAUGCAGAUGGACACAAGUUUUCCAGAAAAUUGAAAGCUCUUUAAUUGGGGACAUUUAUCUUCUCAGUGUUAAGAUCAUCACUGACACUUUGAACUAACACCCAUUGGUUCUCUAGUACACUUCAUUUGCACAAGAUUGUACAGACUUGAGUAAUUUUGGUUUUCAAGAACUGUAAUUGAGCACUCCACGUGGACAAUCAGUGUUUGUUUUCGUGCAGAAAAACUUGUCAGAAUUUCCAAAGUUACAAGGCUUCCAGGUACAAUUCUUGUUUAAUCCCAGAAGUAUGUGUAGGUAGAGUACAUUUGUGUAAAACCCUUACAAGCAUUUUUAUCUGCAAGGUAGAUCCGCCACAUGCUUGCAUGUCAGUUCAUGAAAACAUCCUGCUGCGUGUCAGUUUGUGCAGUGUGCAUGCUCAGCCUGGUGUCAGUUCAUGAAAACCAAAAUUGUGUGUUACGCUGUUUUCACGAAGUGUCCGCAUUUCAAAGUGUUGACAUUUCAGUUUAUGAAAAUGGUGAGGAGAUAAUGAUGUCAUCAAACUUAGCUUUUGUACGUCGUGUUGGGAAUGGGUGGGUAUGCUUCCUGUUAGGAACAAAGAACCCUGUCAUUGUUCCAUGUCCAUGUACUUCAUCAUUAGAAGGCAUUUGCUACCUAUUGCACUGUGAAUACUGGUACAUGUGUUUGAUCUUUUUAAAUGCUUAUAAUUUCUGAAUGUUUGAUGUUUUUAAGCCAUUUAAAUUAUUUCAGGGCUUCAGAGCGAUUGAUUUCAGUAAUUUUAAAUUCAAAUUUUGCUAUUUUUUAUUUAUUUUUUUAACUUAGUUCAGGCAAACGUUUUGGCCAUCGACAGCACUUUUCCAUGAAUGUGACUGGACUUUUAUGUUUUUGCUGAUCCAUUUCUAAUUCUUUUUCCUUCCCCAUCGUUGAUGAGGUAAUUGUACAUAACAUUGUUGCGGCAGUUUGUGGAUCAUAUUAAAGAAACAAUUAUCCCCACUGUUUCUAUAACAUUCAAAUGUACACUGAGUAGUUAGCCUUUUGUGUACACUGUAAAUAAUACAAGGGGGUCCAUGGCAUGCAGACAGAACUUGCUUCUGAUUCCAGACUAAAAAAAUGUAUUUAAAGAAAAAAGAGGGUUGUUGCUUUUUAUCUGUUAAAACGAAGCCCAACCCCACUGUUUUGAUACCUUGUAUAAAAAAGUACUAUUGUAAAAAAAGAUAUAAACGGGAAAAAGGAAACACAUUUGAUAUUAGGCUUGUGGCAUGCUUAAUAUGCAAAGCGCUGGAAGCUAAAGUUCUGGAUGCCAUUGGCUAGCUUGAAGCUGUGGAUUUGCGGAAUGCAAAUAUUCAUAGUGCGAGGAUUAAAGUGUCCAAGGGUCAUUUGAAUACAUGUAGAAAUGAUGGUGUCUUGUCUUAAAAAAUACAAAACAAGUCUGCAAGGGGGAAGUGCGAAAUAUUUCGUUUUCCCAACUGUUUUUAUGAGCAAUAUUUUUUACUUUGUAUUAAAAUGAAUUUGAAAUGCUUUCCUCCAGUAAUUUAAUUUGUUUUCUGAAACUAAAGGUAGACCUUAACUCAUACCAUUGUGUCACGUAUUGAAAUGGCCCGAGUGCAUGUUUAUUCUAAUGUGAUCUUAAUAUGUAAUGCAACAGGUUAUCAUUAAAGUCCUUUAGUAUGAGAGGAGGCCUUGUUUUAUUGUUGCCAUAAAUCCAGAUUGAUUUGCAUACACUGGAAAAAAAUCCAUUCUCAAUAUUCAUCUGGAUGGAUUGCCUCUGUAACACAGGAAGGCAUUAACAAGCUCAAAAAGUACCUGUAGAACAGAACAUGUACUUUACGCCUUUUCAAAGUUUUUUCAGUGUUAAAACCUGUUAAUAAUUUUAUAUAAAGUGAGCACAUCUCGCUUUAAAUGUUCACAUUUCACAUCAGUCAUUGUACAUACAUAUUGAAUAUAAAAAUUUUGACUGCAAAAGUAGCGUAUGAUGCCUUAGCAGUUUCGUAAAUAUUUGACUCAAAAUGCCCUCAAAUAAAUGAACCCUCUGAAAAUGUAAUUUCAUUGCGAAAAUAUUACCUCUUGGCUGAAUACAAGCCAUUAAGUUGGUCAUUUCCUUUUCUUCAUACCAAACCAGUAGUCUUGUAAGGAUUAAAUUUGUUUUUACUGCAAUGAAUUUCUGCAUAAAAUCCAGAAUUUGUUGGCAUCAUCCCUGGUUCCUUUUUGCAUGAUGAAUAAUACCACUUGCAAUCUGUGAAGAGUUCAGAAA